ACCAGAGAAUCCAUAACCAGCAAACCUUCCGUUAAAGCAGCAGCAGAGAGAAGGGAGCGAAUUGAACAAAUGAGACUGCAUCUCGACUCGAGAGUUCAGUUUCUGUAAAGCAGUCGUUGCGAAAGGACGUACUGCUCUUGGUCAAACGACUUGUUCAAACGAGUUUUCAUAUUUACAAGAGAAGAGUGGAAUUUGUUAAGGAAAAGAACUCUGAAAAUCUUACUUUUGAAAUUUACAAGGUUUUAGAAUAAGGAGUGGAAUGUGAAUAAACUGAACUUUGGUAUUUGAACUGAUACAAUUUUGAGACAGUAAAAAUGCGUGAAAAUUUCAUGUUUUCUGCUAUCAAGUGAAGUACGUAAAUUGUGCCGGAAAACUGUAAAACGGAUUUUGAGAACGAGGACGUUUAAGACUCGUCGUCAUUUAACUCCCAGCUUUAAAUCUCCUCACAGCGAAAUCAUCUCAUUAUUGUUCUUCUUCUAUUCAAAAAGACAAGAAUCUUCCCAUGCAAAGAAGAAAUCGAAACGACAAACGAACCAAACCAAACCACAAAGUAGUAACAAAUUUAAAAAGUAUUAUCAACAACAAGAGAAAUAGAAUCAAGUGAGAAGGAUCUGUUCUCUGUCUGUGCAACGCAAAUGAGAAGAAAAGUUUCCACGUUGUGUGAAUUUGUGUGACCGUGUUCACCGAGUUUUUUUCAACUGCACUGAGCAGUAAAUUUUAAAAGGGACAUUCGGAAUGAACGAUAGUGCUCUCGUAGUGGCAGAGGUGCUUCUUUCCAACAACUUUAAAAAAACUUCCAACAGCUCAUCAUCCCAACAAAGGGUAGCACCAAACGGACGAGAAGAGACCAAAGGUAGUCGUAUUGUAUGAAGUAACAAAAGUGGAAAAGUCUCUCGCUUCUUCUUCCCCUCCCAACCAAUCUUUUUGGAUUUGGGUCCUUCGAAAAUGAGGAGAACAAGUGAGAAAGUGGGCAUCAUGGCUCAAGAAAUGGUGAUUUAUGUCCUUCUCAUGUCCACCAUCGCAAUCACAUCAGUUCGUGGGAAACACCUUGAAGAAUGUGAACGCUCAUUUGGCCAAAACAAUGGCGACGUGUCGCUCACGUGUCGACUGAGGACGAUCAAUAGCGAAUUUGAUAAGACAAACUUCUCCACAAUAUCGGGAGAUUCGGUGGUUUCGUUGAAUCUGGAAUGCUCGGAUGUACUGUUUUAUCAGAGCUCCCUGCAAGCUGGAAGUCUCUCCCAUUUCACGAGGUUGGGAUCCCUUCAUAUUGAACACUGCAAAUUGAGCAGGCUGGGAACCUCGGUCUUUGCCGGAUUAGGACUUCUCAAGAACCUCACAAUUCGCACGCAUAACACAGCCUGGCCAGUUUUGAGCUUGGAUAUUGCAUCCGGAGUCUUUGCACAUUUACAACACAUUGAGAAAGUUGACCUCUCCGCGAAUAACAUUUGGACCUUUCCCGAUCGUCUCUUUUGCCCUGCAAAAUCCCUCGAGUACUUGAACGUAAGCUUGAACAGGUUGCAGGAUAUUAGCGACCUUGGAUUCAGGGAUAGGGACGAUACCAACAAGGAAAAUGGUGGUGGGCCAUUUGGAGGGUCAGAGUGCCGCUUGGGGCUGAAAGUCGUGGAUCUUUCGUACAAUCGACUCAUCCUCCUUCCCCCCCGAGGCUUAUCUAAAUUGCGAUCUCUGUCUCAACUGUAUUUGACUGGAAAUGAAAUCUCAGUCGUGGCGGAUCGAGCAUUGGCCGGACUCACCGAGUUGAGCGUGUUUAACAUGGCAGACAACAAGGUGGUCGCCCUGCCAGAGACGUUGUUUAAAGAUUCGAGAGAAAUGACGGAAAUCAUCUUGAGCAACAACACGCUAAGUUCGCUGCCACCCAAAUUGUUUAAGAAUUUGCAAAAGUUGGUCGUUCUCGACCUCUCGCAUAAUGUGUUAACCUCGAAUUGGAUGAUGGGUGGGAGAUCAAGCAGCCCGAUAAGUGAUGCAACUUCAAAUGAUUCCGCAACAAUGGAAAGAGAGCCGACCACGGCCGUAUCGACAACCACGGCGAUGAAUAAUGGGACAUCCAGCGGUAUAUUUUCGGGACUAAUUCGCCUCGUUUUGCUGAACUUGUCGUACAAUCGGUUAACGAGACUUGGAGCGGAACCAUUUCAAGAUCUUUACAGUCUCCAAAUUUUAAAUGUGGAACAUAAUGAAAUCCAGACGAUUGAGCCCAACACAUUUUCCUCCAUGAACAACUUGCACACCUUAAUUUUGUCCCACAACAAAUUAUCCUACAUCGAUGCGACUGCUCUUAACGGGCUGUUCGUCCUGAGUUUACUUUCCCUCGAUAACAACGCCUUGACCGGCAUCCAUCCCACCGCUUUCUCCAACUGUUCCUCAAUGAAAGAUUUGCAAUUGAAUGCAAACGCUUUCACUUCAAUUCCCAUCGCAAUUCAAAAUAUCACCCUUUUGCGAACCGUCGACCUCGGAGAAAACCAGAUUGAACAGUUAUCCCCCAAGUUAAUUGGACUACCAAACUUGUACGGUCUUCGUCUCACCGGAAACAAGAUACAAAACUUGUCAAAGGAUGACCUCACCGACUUGCCAAGCUUGAAGGUUUUGAACAUUGCUAAAAACAAGCUCAAUUUCAUCGAAAAAGGAGCACUUGACAGAAACACGCAAAUUCAAGCUAUCCGAUUCGACUCGAAUGCAUUGACAGACAUCAGCAACAUCUUCGUCCAAAGCAUCAACCUUUUAAUGCUGAAUGUCUCAGACAAUGCAUUGACAUGGUUCGACUUUGCCCUCAUACCACCACAAACGCAGUGGGUGGAUAUCCACAAGAAUGAAAUUCAAGACUUGGGCAACUACUUUCAAGCGAGCAACCUUCGUCUCCAAACUUUAGACGCCUCGUUCAACAGGAUCACAAAAAUCGGUCCCAAUAACAUCCCCGACAGCGUGGAAAUGCUCUACCUCAACGAUAAUCUCAUUUCUGUUGUGGAGCCACACACAUUCUACAAGAAAGCCAAUCUCUCAAGGGUCGACAUUUUUGCCAAUCAAAUUGAAACCAUGGACUUCAAAGCAAUGCAACUCGCACCCUUUCCAAUGAACAAACCUCUCCCAGAGUUUUACAUUGCGGGGAAUCCAAUCCUCUGCGAUUGCAACAUGGAGUGGUUGCAGCGUCUCAAUAAAUUGGACCAUUUGAGACAACAUCCCAAAGUGAUGGAUCUGGACAGCGUGUAUUGUAAGCUGGUCUACAACCGAGAUAAGUUCUACGUCCCUCUAGCUGUUGCUGACCCGUCGCAAUUCCUGUGCACGUAUAAGACACACUGUUUCGCACUUUGUCAUUGUUGUGAUUUCGAUGCCUGCGACUGUGAAAUGACAUGUCCAAAUAACUGUACCUGCUACCACGACGAUACUUGGUCUGCUAACAUUGUCGACUGCGCUGACAAGGGUCACAUUUCCGUUCCGGCGAGAAUACCAAUGGAUUCAACAGAAGUUUACUUGGAUGGAAAUAACUUUGGAGAAUUAAACAGCCAUGUUUUCAUCGGGCGAAAGAAUAUGCGAGUUCUAUAUCUGAACGGAAGUUCGAUUUACCGAAUUCAAAACUUGACAUUCUCCGGAUUAAAGAGAUUAGAGAUUCUGCGACUAGAUUCUAAUGAGUUGACAACGCUCAACGGUUUUGAACUUGAGCCAUUAGAAUCAGUGAGGGAAGUGUAUUUGCAAAACAAUCGGAUCGAAUUCAUUGCCAACAAUACUUUCACCACGUUGCGUAUGUUGGAGGUCUUAAGAAUUGACGGAAAUCGAUUAACUCGCUUCACCAUCCACCAAUUCUCACAUAACCCUUACCUUAUCGAGCUUGCCCUCGGUAACAAUCCAUGGUCCUGCAGUGACUGCGACUUCUUGUCUCAAGCCGCUCCGUGGAUCCAAUCCAACGUUGCUAAACUGAUGGAUGCCCAGAAAGUGAAUUGUCGCCUUAACGGGCAGCAAUUUUCCCUCGUGUACAUGAAUGGAACCAAGUGCUCGGAAAUUACGGCAUUGUCUGGUGCCGUCGAAGCUCCAGAGACUUACCUCCCCCCCUACUUUCCACUCGUCCUCCUCACCAUAUCCGCCAUCGUGCUGCUCAUCGGCUCCGUCUUUGUGGCCGUGUGCAGAAAGAGAAAUUCUCUCAGAAUCUGGGCCGUUGGAAAGUGCCCUUUGAACCAUUGCUAUCAAACAACUUUGGAUGAUGAUCACGAAAAGCUGUAUGAUGCCUAUGUGGCUUACAGUGUGAAGGACGAGACAUGGGUCAGUCAAGUGUUUGCGAAUGAACUUCAACAACAAUGCGACAAGCCGUACAGGCUGUGUCUGCAUUACAAGGACUUUCCUGUUACGUCGUAUAUCGCUGAUACCGUUCUGGAGGCGGUCGAAUCGUCAAGAAGGACGGUGCUCGUUCUCUCGAAGAACUUUCUUCAGUCUGAAUGGUGUCGGUUCGAGUUUAAAUCGGCACUUCAUGCCGCCCUCCGCGGAAAAAAGAAUCGCCUAGUCGCGAUAACUUUGGGAGAUCUGCCCACCCGUGACCUGGACCCGGACCUUCGCGUCUGCCUACGUUCAGCCACCGUCCUCUCCGCGAACGACAAACUAUUUUGGACCAAGCUUCGCUGCGCUUUGCCCAACCCUCGAGCUUCCUUCACCAAUUCUUCGCGAACAUUAACCCGACCUGGAAGUGGGAGCAGUGUGGCGAGUAGUGUUAGUAAUAAUUACAACUGUUCCACUGGAGGGUCCACCCUCCCGCUAAAUAUUAAUGUGAGUAGUGCCAGUGUCUCUAAUCAUCACACGUUAAAUAAUCAUCACCACCACCAUCACCACCAUCAACAGCAGCCCCACCUCCAUCAGAACGGUGUCCUUAAUGGGAAUGGGACACUUCCCUCGUACCAUCAAGGACAACAACAUUCAGUGUCAGUGCCAAUGUUUGUGCCCCCAUUUCCCCCACCGAAUCGUCCCCCGCCUCCAUUCCCCGCACCGAGGCGUCCCCCACCACCCACACCGGCUCCGUUAUGGGCGUGACAAUUACAAUUAAUUCCGGAUUAUCAUUACUUCCAGAUGCCCGAGUACGAAUCACCUGGAGAUGAGCUUCUUGGACUAAACGUAGAGUCAGAAAUCGUGCUGGAGUAAAACCAAGAAGUAGAAAUCCGGACUUACUUAUUUACCAUUUAGUCCACCACUCAUAUUCUUAAGUCAUUAGAAUAUAUAUAUAAUAUACAUAAUUAAUCAUAGGUCAAGUACAUAUUUGCAUAAUUCUAUAUAUUCGCAGUAGUAGACGUACAAAGUAAAAUCACCGAUAUUUUAUUAAGUUAUACAUAUUAUUACACAUUCAAAUACCUACCUACAUCAAUCUCAACAAUGAUAAUUAAACGUACGUACUCCAAUAUUCUCCUACUGAACUUUUUGACAAUUCAGACUGCAAACUUACUGCAAAAAAUUUGUAGUAGACAAUAUUCUAAGAAUCAAUUCACUGCAACUUUUACUGCAAACUCGAAUCAUGCAUAGAUUUUAAAAAACUUUACAAUACGUGUCUGUAACCAUUGAUGCUAUAUCCUUAUCUCGUUGUAAGAAGUUGUUAUUCAGGUCUGUUUGGAGUUUUGGAUUUGACUUUAUUAUCAUUGUCAUUGUUAUGUGAUAUAUACACAACAGUAUAAAUAAAUUUUAUGGAUUGAGUGAGCUCCCAUCCAAUCCAGUGAAAAAGACUGUCUUUUUACCCAACAAA